GUGCGCGAGGAAGUUAACGUCUAGAUCUUGAGAGUGGCUUUUCGACUAAGAAGAAGAGUAUCGCCAGUGGACGAGGCCAGUCUUGGCCAGACACUCUCGCCGCAACAUUGGCGCUCCACUAACGCCAACGUUUAUUCAAUUUUCCCGGUUUCUGUGAAGUCCUCAGUUCAUUGUGGAACGUCUUGGAUUAUUUAACGCACGCCAUUCCGAUUUGGAGAGGAAAAAAUAGGAGGCAAUGCCAUCGACAAGGGAGAGCUCACAUGUGAGCAGAAAAUAUGUGAGUCAUGGUGGUGCUAUAUCUGGACAGGGCCACUCGGCAAACUCGGCCAGCAGCCUCGAGAACAACUUGGAUGCCCUUCUGGAGGAUCUCCAAACAAGUGUUUCAAGGAGUACAACACCCAGUGGUAGACGACCAAUUUCCCCGCAAUAUGAAUACAGAUCAGCCGCUAAUCCCGUACGAACAGUCACUGAAGUCAGAUCAACCUCGCCAAUUCGCACUACAACAACGACGACAGAAAAAUACGUCAGCGCAUCACCCGCAGGUCUAGGAAGUGGAAUUCCCGGUCUAGAGUCCCUCGAUGCUGAACUACGAAAUGUCCAACCAGGACAGAGCAAAACCGUAGCCUAUAAACAAGUUUCGUAUCAGUAUAGCAAGAAUCAAGAUGGAAAACCUGUCGAUGCAUUCGCCACAACUGAGAACGCAUUAUCAACGAACACUUCGCCAUUAUCUGACGACAUACAUGAAAGAAGUUACGAAGAGAUAAUAAGAAGACGGAAGAGUCCAGAGAGGAGUACAAAGACGUCUACAGUAAACAGAGAACUAGUUUACGGUGACACGUACUCAUCCCGGUCAAAACAACCAUCGCCGUUGAGCAAUCAAUCGAAAGAAGUGAAAAUAAUUCGAGAGUCGUCAGGCUUCCCCUCAGAAUCAAAAACCGUCUCCACGAAUUACCACACGAGAGAGCGUAACGAAGAGUACGGAGUGGAGCGAGUGCCGGUGCCGGAGCACUUGGCCCCAGGUCCAAAUACAAAAGUCACGACAACAAUAAAAACCUACACCUACGAAUUGCCAGGUGCCCCAGAGACGUACGUGCCCCCAGGUGGUACCGGGUUAGAUCAAACUGUCUCCUACAAGAUCGACAAAACCCUGGAGAGAUCAUCCAGUCCAAUUAGAUACACCAGAACCCCUGAAGUCUCCCAGAAGUCAUCAGUCCUCCACAAAGAAUCGAAAUUCUACCACGAGGAUCUCCACGGAUCCCCGACGUACGGAAAACCUCUGACACCGUCACCGGUGAACUACGAGACAACAACCACCAAAAAAGAGAACUUCUACAUCAGAGACGAGAGAUAUGAGAACGGAUAUUUGCCAGUUGAUAGGGUUGACCAUCCGGGCUACCCUGGCCAGCCUCCGUACACCGAGACAACCACCACAACUGUCAUUGAUAGAGUUGAGGAGCUUUAUCCUGAUAAACCGGGAUCACCCCAUGGAUAUUAUCCAUCAUCACCGCAGAACACUGGCUCCAGUGUCUACAAGUACUCCAAGGAGAGCCACAAUGUACAUGACCGGGAGGUACUUCUGCCUAAACCAUUCCCCACAGGCACUCAGCUCUAUCCAGUUAAUGGAAAGGCUCCGACCAAUGGACAGGGCCCACCUAAGAGAGUCGAUGACCUCAUGGCUUCAUUCUCAGACUCUGAGCGGGAGAUGUUGAUUGGCAUUCAAAGGGAAGAUAGCAUGCAGAAGAAAAACAGGGUGAAGGACGAGACGCCGAAGAAGGAAGUGGACUUUGUCAAGCAUUCGCCUCCAGUUGUACAGAGCAAGAACGUCGCUGGACCACCGGUUUACUAUCCCCCGGGAUCAACCGAGUUCCGGAUGAAGGAGGAGAGUUCUAUGGCGAUGAAAGAGGGAGGGGGACAGUGGGAACGCGGUAAGGGAAUGUACGAGUAUGAGAAAGGAUCCAAGAGCAAGCAAAAACAGACGAGUGGAAAAGCUGUUGUUCCCGUUUGUCUUCCACUCUGCUGUGCCAUGCCCUGCACCAUAAUGUAACAGAUUAUUAAAACUAACUCUAGAAAUUACCACAAAGUGUAAAUCUCUGCUGCUCCAACGAUUUAUCGAACGAUCUUCUAAUUCUUCCUCUGUAUGACUGACUCAAUACUGAUAUUACAGCCUGUUUUCUAAUCACAAACAAUUUAUCGAAUAAUGUAAAAUAGUUUAAUCAAACCUCGAGAAUUUGUAUGACAACUGUUCACUUCAAUAAACAUGUACCGAUUAAAUUAUUCUUUAA